GGUUCUCAGCCUUCCCAUCUUUUCCUCCUUCUCUCCAGUCUCAGAGCAGGAGCACAAUUUCCUUUCCCAGGCUGACCAUAGGUGCAUCAUUUACUCAGCUCAGGAAACAAUCACUGUCCAAUUCCACUGCAAAUUCCUCUCCUUGGGGACAAUGGAAAGUCCUCUCCCGCAUUUCCACUGGCAGAGCCUAACAAGCUCUCCAAAUGCACAUUUCAGUCUGGAGGCACAGCUUUCUAUCUUGGGGCAUCUCUUCCAAUCCCCUUGGUAAGUUAACGCAAUGAUGGCCAGGCUCCCAGUGUGAGAGCGUGAGCAUUGCCUUCAGCUCUUCUGACAGGUUAACCCUCACGCAGCCACUCUCAAGGCUUCUGAAGUCCUGCUGAUGUGCGUGUGGCCCAGACCCAGGCCCGGGCAGGUAUGGCCUUGGCGAUGUACUCUUUCCGCUAGCUGACGGCUCCCUGCAGACACUGAGAGGGCCACGGGUCUGGAAUGUCAGGGAUCUUCUGGGCCUUCCUAUUUUGGGUCCCAAAUGGCCCAGACCAGUAGGUUUCAGUCAGAUAAAGGAAAAAGUAGGAUCCAAAGGAGUAAAGUCUAAAGAAAGGUGGGAAGGGACUGGCUGCUUGCAGGAUUUCUUAGCUUGAGAGCCCGCCUUGGCACACGUCCAAGGACCCCAGCUCUCCUACUCUAGGAAGAUUGGAACAUUGGGGAACUACUCUAGAAGGAUUGGAACAUUUAACUGCCAUCAUGGCCUUCCUUGUUUACCUGUGUGGCCUGGGAAGAGGAAGCAGGGGCAUAGCAGGUUGGGGAAACUCUUGCCAAAUUUUAAGAUAAGCUUAUUCCCACCUCUUUUUGUAAAGCCUGUUCCCUGCCUCAGUGUCCCCUGCUAACCCCCAUCCUGCUUCUCUCUCAUAACCAGCUGCAGAAAGGAGAGAAAAUCCCUUGGCUCUAAAAUGACAUCUGGAGAAGUGAAGACAAGCCUCAAGAAUGCUUACUCAUCCGCCAAGAGGCUGUCGCCGAAGACGGAGGAGGAAGGGGAGGAGGAGGACUACUGCACCCCUGGAGCCUUUGAGCUGGAGCGGCUCUUCUGGAAGGGCAGUCCCCAGUACACCCACGUCAACGAGGUCUGGCCCAAGCUCUACAUUGGCGAUGAGGCGACGGCGCUGGACCGCUAUAGGCUGCAGAAGGCGGGGUUCACGCACGUGCUGAACGCGGCCCACGGCCGCUGGAACGUGGACACUGGGCCUGACUACUACCGCGACAUGGACAUCCAGUAUCACGGCGUGGAGGCCGACGACCUGCCCACCUUCGACCUCAGUGUCUUCUUCUAUCCGGCGGCAGCCUUCAUCGACACAGCGCUGCGCGACGACCACGGUAAGAUCCUGGUUCACUGCGUCAUGGGCCGCAGCCGGUCAGCCACCCUGGUCCUGGCCUACCUGAUGAUCCACAAGGACAUGACCCUGGUGGACGCCAUCCAGCAAGUGGCCAAGAAUCGCUGUGUCCUCCCGAACCGGGGCUUUUUGAAGCAGCUCCGGGAGCUGGACAAGAAGCUGGUGCAGCAGAGGCGACAGGCCCAGCGCCAGGACGGUGAGGAGGAGGACGGCAGGGAGCUGUAGGGCCCGACUCACAGGGCCAGCAGAGGCACUUGGGGACAGAGGGGAGAGGCAGAACAUAGCCCUGGUCUAGGACUCCAGAGAAGCGACAGUGAAACCGAAGCUCGACUUCUUCCAAACCAUCUUGUUCAACUUCCCCAUGUGUGCUGGGGACAGGGAGGACCCAGAGCUGCCCCCGGGCAGGGCUGAGCGCUCAGCCUCUCAGCAAAAUGGGAGGGACGGGCUCCCCGGCUCUGGGUCACAGAGGAGCAUGCCACGCUGCACAAAGUCUCCUGCUUUGGUUUUGUUUUUUUGGUGAGAAGGAAGAGGGAAAGGAUUUUAAAAUGUGUAGGCAUUAUGUUGUGAUUAAACGUUUGGCUUUGUCUGAAA